AUGAGGAAUUCCAUAUUGUCCGUUUGUUUAGUGGUCCUAAAUCCUAAUUAUUACUUGGGACGACGCAAGAAAAUUGCUGCUGUGCAUGCGGCGGAGGCAUCGUCUUCAUCAACGAAUGAUUCACCGGCGGUGGAUGAACUGGUAAGUGAGGCUGUGGCGAAGGAAUCAGUGAGGGAUGAGGUUCGAUCCGUUGAUCUGGCCGAUGAUGGUGAUGAGAAGAAGUCGGAUGUGGAAAAAUCGCCAGAGGCGGCGGUGGAAGACGUAGGUGUUUCUGUAACUGACACAGAGAAAGUAAAAUUGAAUGGGUCAGCAGCGAAUCGAGGAAAGAAGGGGCAACUGAAAUCUCAUGCUGGGGAUGCAUGGGGGAAACUUCUUUCUCAGUCCUCACAGGUAGAUUUACACUUUUCACUCAGUCUCAUCACUUAUAUAUUGAUAAAACUGUGCUUUUUGUGGUACCAAGCUGUUACAAUAACUGUAGCAAACUGA